AUGCCCAAGUCAAAGCGUUCCAAAGUAGUAUCGUUGACCAAGGUCGCCAAAAAAACGAAGGAGCAAAAAGGUGCCUUGAUGCAAGAAGUCCAACUGAACGUCGACAAAUGGAAGUAUUGCUGGCUCUUUGAAGUUGGAGCUAUGAGGAAUUCUCACCUAAAAACCGUACGGAAGCUUUGGAAAGAUUCCGCACGGAUAUUUUUUGGACGAGGGGCUGUCAUGGCUAAAGCACUGGGAGUCACCCCAGAGCAGGAGCACAAAAGAGGGCUUCACACGCUUUCUAAACAAAUAAAAGGUCAAGUCGGCCUAUUCUUUACCGACAGUGAACCGCAGGAAGUGAUAGAGUGGUUUGCUGAUUUCCAGCAGCCAGACUUUGCACGGGCAGGCAAUCUCGCAAGCCGGACAGUAAUUCUCCCAGCUGGUCCCGUUAUGCGACACUUUUCCGACCCACCAGAGCCUUUCCCUCAUAAUGAAGACCCACAGCUGAGGAAGCUGGGUCUCAGCACGAUGAUGAACAAGGGCGUCCCGACUCUCCAGACGCCGCACAAGCUAUGCGAGAAGGGGAAGACCCUGACCAGCGAACAAGCACAGCUCCUCAAACUGAUUGGAGAAAAAAUGGUCACGUUCCGUGUGGGAUUGAUGUCACGAUGGGACGCGGCUACAGGCGAGGUGGUGCAGAUACCUGGUGGUGCUAUUCCUCUGGAUAAUGUCGAGACUGAUGCUGGCGACGACGCGAUGAGCGAGUAG